GUGUCGGGGUUGUUUCAUGAUGCCAGCAUUGGAAACCCUAUCAACAUCGUAGUGGUUCGUCUGAUCCUGCUGGAGAAGGAAGAGGAAGACCUGAAGAUCACCCACCACGCUGACAACAGCCUGAGCAGCUUCUGUAAGUGGCAGAAACGGCUUAACGUGAAGGGAGAAGAACACGCGGUCCAUCACGACGUGGCCGUCCUUCUCACCAGAAAGGACAUCUGUACGGCCAUCAAUAAGCCCUGUGAGACCCUGGGCCUGUCUCAUGUGGCAGGAAUGUGUCAGCCCCACCGCAGCUGCAGCAUCAGUGAGGACACGGGCCUGCCGCUGGCCUUCACCGUCACCCACGAGCUCGGGCACAACUUUGGGAUUCAGCAUGAUGGGAACGGCAAUGACUGUGAGCCGAUUGGGAAAAGACCUUUCAUCAUGUCUCCACAGCUCCUGUAUGGCACCUCCACCCCCAGCUGGUCGCGCUGCAGCCGGCAGUAUAUCACCCGCUUCCUCGAUCGAGGCUGGGGCUGGUGCCUGGAUGACCCCCCCAUGCGGGACGUGCUGGAUCUGAACUCUGUUCCCCCCGGGGUCCUGUACAGUGCUGCCCACCAGUGCCGCCUACAGUACGGCUCUGGAUCCCUGCUCUGUGACGACGUGGAUAACGUCUGCAGUACGUUGUGGUGCACUGUGGGGACAACUUGUCACUCAAAGCUGGAUGGUGCAGUCGACGGGACCAGGUGUGGUGAGGACAAGUGGUGCUUUGACGGGGAGUGUGUGGCGGUGGGACACCAGCCUGAGAGCGUCAAAGGGGGCUGGGCUCCAUGGAGCGAGUGGUCUGCCUGUUCCAGAACCUGUGGGGCCGGAGUUCAGAACGCCCAGAGGGACUGCGUCAACCCAGUUCCCAAGUACGGAGGGAAGUACUGCGUGGGGGAGCGAAGGCGCUACAAGAUCUGUAACAGCACCCGCUGCCCCCCCAACCAGCCCUCCUUCAGACUCAUCCAGUGCAGUCACUUUAACACCAUGCUUUACAAGGGCAAGUUCUACAAAUGGGUGCAGGUCAACAACCGAGUGAACCCCUGCGAGCUGCACUGCCGCCCUCUGAACGAGUACUUCUCAGAGAAGAUGCUGGAUGCGGUCAUUGACGGGACCCAGUGCUAUGAGGGCAGCUUGAGCCGAGACAUGUGUGUUAACGGCAUCUGCAAGAAUGUGGGGUGUGACUAUGAGAUUGACUCCAACGCGGUGGAAGAUCGCUGUGGGGUUUGCCAUGGCAACGGGUCUACUUGUGAGACUGUGAAGAAGACCUUUGAGGAGAGUGAAGGGCUUGGGUAUGUGGACAUUGGGCUGAUUCCAGAGGGGGCUCGGGAAAUACGUAUCGAGGAGGUGGCUGAGGCUGGGAAUUUCUUGGCUCUCCGGAGUGACGACCCCGGAAAGUACUUCCUGAACGGCGGUUGGACUAUCCAAUGGAAUGGGGAAUACAAGGCAGCGGGGACGGUGUUCACCUAUGAGAGGACAGGACAACUGGAGAACCUGACCUCCCCUGGACCAACCCUAGAGCCAGUGUGGAUACAGCUACUCUUCCAGGAGACCAACCCAGGGGUGCGCUAUGAGUACACCAUCCAUAGAGAGACUCUUCUGGACUCAGACAAUGACAUCCCUAUCCCCGGUUUCUUCUGGAAGUAUGGCUCAUGGACUGAGUGCAGUGCCACCUGCGGGACAGGUGUCCAGCGACAGAUUGUUCACUGUGUGGAGAGGACCUCUGGGAUAGUAGAAGAGGGCUACUGUGACCCGACGACCCGUCCUGACGAUAAACGAGCCAGCUGCAAUGAGGAGCUUUGCCCAGCCAUAUGGUGGGUGGGCGAGUGGCAGAAGUGCUCGGCCACGUGCGGUGAGAAGGGCUUGGCCAAGAGGACGGUGCUGUGCAUCCAGGCCGUGAGUCUGGAGGAGAACAGAGCCCUGCAGCUCUCUGAAUGUCACCACAUACCCAGGCCUGAGUCAGCGGCGCCUUGUAACGCUCAUGUCCCCUGCCCCGCGGACUGGUCCACAGGCAACUGGUCUGAGUGCUCGCUGACGUGUGGUGGUGGUGUGCGGAGCCGAAAGGUUGUCUGUUCCAGAAACACAGGGGUGGACUGUGACCCCCGAAAGAAUCCCAGUUCUCUUACUCCAUGCUACCUCCAGGACUGUCCUCAGAUCAUCGACGUCUUCGGUGGCAGCAACGACUGGUCUGGCAGUGGUUCGUCAAGCAAGGAAAUCAACGAAAUCAACUCCAUCCCUGACUCUAACCCCCUGCCCAAACACAGUACAACUAGGGCUCAGCCAAGGGCCCCUAACAAUCUGAAUAACAUCAUCCCCCACCUGAAUCACAUUGACAAGACUACUGACAACUCAGUUAAAAACAAUGUACCUGUGGACGAUUUUUACUACGACUACAACUUCAUCAAAUUCCACGAGGACAUUUCCUACGACUUUGGCUUGGGGAACAACGGUAAAGACUUGGUGGAUGAUCUUGGACCAGAUCCACAACAGGAACCUAAACCAAGUUCUAGUGCAGAAGAACAUGUUUACAGAGAAACUACAACAGAUCCUCCCACAGCUACCUCACCCAUUUCUACCACUUUUAAGACAACUCCUUUCAUUAGGGAAGUUGAGGAACCACAAGACCCUAACCUGGACCAUGCAGAGAUUGAUGGAAGACUACAGACGGAGAAACCCAAUGAAGUAGAGCGAGAGGAGGAGGAUUUACUCCUUUCAGAGGACUAUUUUCUACCUGUUUCCACCACACCCUCAGCACCAGUUUUAGAGACCAGGUUAUCACAAAGCUGGAAAGAAACAAACAGUAAUUUUGGUUGGCCUCAUUACCUCAGCACAGCAGCCAGCCCAGUGCCUACUAGCAUGGGAACCACUGAGAACACACAUGGGCCCCAUAGUGAAAAAAAUGAUGAUGAAAACACUGACAUUUAUGUCCAUUUUGAUGUGAAAGACAGCAAUGUUGGUACAACCAUCGAAUGUACCACCACUGCCCCUGUCAGCCAUGACUAUGAAGAUGGCACCGAACCCACAACAAUGGUAGAAGAGGUGAAAGAAGUGGGUGUUUUGGACUACAAUUCCCACCAGGAGACUGCAAUUGGACUACAAUCCCCUGGCUACCAAGAUGAAAAGGAGAGCCCGCUUCCACCCCUGGAUCCACCUUCCCCAGGACCUGUGUUUGAGUUUGAAACAUACGAGGACAGCUUUUUCACCACAACCCUGUCCCAAUGGGAGGCAACCACCUCUCUUCCAUACGAGCCACCAGCCCCAAACUCCACUGGGAAUUACAAUGGCUUUUUCCCUGGUGAACCAGACUUUGAUCAGCAGGACUUUGAAAUUGAGCCCAAAGCUGAUAGCGAAGCCAAUUUAGGGGUCACCGACAGUGACUUCACCGUGACCUCACGUCCUGUGCCUCAGGAGCCACAUCUUCCACCCUCUCCUCUCCCACCUCUUUCCCAUUCACUCUCAGGAAACCAGGAGAACAUCCAACACAGCACAUCAACAACUGGAAGUGACUCUCCUCCUCCUACUCAUCUGGAAGGAGACCCUCAGUCACCACCUCCGUCAAUGUUGACAGAGCCAGCCACAUCCCAGUUAGAGACAGACAUUUCAGCACAGUCCUCCACGACUGGGCCAACUCCAUCUAAAGGGGCCAAUGCGGGCCCUCCAGUCCCCUCCCCAUACGGGUGGUCAGAGAUUGACUACAAUGAGAUCCUCAUCCCCCCCAUGCUGAGAUCCAGGGGCAUGGACCCUUCCCUCACAUACCGACCCCCAGUGGAUGUCACCACAACCACUCCCCAGGAUGGCACGAAACCCCCCACCCAGUCCCCUGAGCCAGCCGUGCCCCCCACCCAGUCCCCUGAGCCAGCCGUGCCUCCCACCCAUUCCCCUGAGCCAGCCGUGCCCCCCACCCAGUCCUCUGUGCCAGCCAUGCUCACUCUGCCAACCCAUUCUCCCACCACACUCUCGUGGACACCAGAGCUGACCCCAGUGCCAAGCCCAGCUUCCACUCCAAACGCCACAGCUUCCUUCUGGAGAGCCGGCAACUGGAGCGCAUGUUCUACUAGCUGUGGUCUGGGGGCCAUCUGGAGGCUGGUGGUCUGCAGCACGGGACUGGAGUCUGACUGUGACCUGACCAAGAGGCCUGUGCCGGCCCGGCGCUGCUACCUCCGACCCUGCUCUUCCUGGAGGAUAGGAAACUGGACCAAGUGUUCCAAGAACUGUGGUGGUGGGGUGACCCGGAUGAUCCAGUGCUUUGACACCAGGGACCAGAGGCCUUUGCGGCCCUUCCACUGUCAGACCGUGUCUACCCGGCCGGUGGCCCGCAUGCCCUGCCUACCCCAGCCCUGCCUGGACUGGUACUCUUCUUCCUGGGGACAGUGCUCUGAGGUGUGUGGGGGAGGGGAGCAGCAGCGUCUGGUUACCUGUCCAGAAGAGGAUCGCUGUGACGAGGCCCAUCUGCCCAGCAACAUCCAGGCCUGUAACAGCCAACCCUGUACCCAAUGGGUCACUGGCUCCUGGGGACAGUGCUCUGCAUCCUGUGGUGGCGGCGUGCAGCGGAGGCUGGUGAAAUGUGUGAACACCAAGACGGAGCCUGAGGAGGAGGAGGAUCAUGCCCAGUGUGACUCUGAGCCCUGGCCAGAAAACAGCCAGAAGUGUAACCUGAAUGAGUGUGACAGCGGCCCCGCUGGUGAGUAAACCACACAACAGCUUUCUGUCUUCAAUCAUGUAUAUGAUAAUAUACACCAUUUAAAAGAUGCUUUCAUCCAAAAUGACGUAUUGUCAUGCGUACAGACAUUUGACAUGUAGGUCAUGGGUGUCCGUAUGGGUGGCCUUGGGAAUCCAACCCACAGUCCGGACGUAUUAAGCACCGUGCUCCGCCAACUAGAUUUUCAUUUCCCAGAAAAUGCUACACUUCCUCUGGUUUCAGCUGAAUGGAUGGGUUAGAUGGAUAGACAGGCAUGUUGUCAGUCACGCCGGAAGGCAAUCGGGCAGAGAGAGACAGACAGAG